AUGUCGAAAGACAGGAAUACAACCUCAGUCCAAAUUGGGAGGAUUUACGAACCUUCGAUAGACGGAAUAGCCUCCGCCCCCGAAGAAGCCUUAGCCGUCCAGACCAGGGCCAUGAGGGAAGCAGAAAAAGAAAAAAAUUUUGAAGGAAUUGAUGAACCUGACAGCGAAGCCAAUGAAUCUGACAAAGAUCAACCCAUGUCAGAAAGAAGUGAUGAGGACGAAGCCGAAGAUGAUUGGAGUAUUCCAAUUCUCCAGUACCUUGAUAAAGGUACCCUACCAGCAGACGUCAAAGAAGCCCGAAAACUCGAAUCAAAGGCAGCAAUGUAUAGCCUACGAGACGGAAUACUGUAUAGAAGGUCAUUUCUUGGACCUUUGAUGCGAUGUCAAACCGAAGGUAAAAGAAUACUGCACGAUAUACACAGAGGAAAAGCUGGCAAUCAUAGCGUAAGAAGAUCCUUGGUAAUCAAAGCUAAAACGCAAGGAUACUAUUGGCUAAGCAUGGACGAAGACGCAAAGAACGUAGCUAGGUGUUGUGAAAGAUGCCAACGCUACGCCAGGAAGAUUAAAGCACCAGUGACAGAGCUUAACUCGGUCAUCGGUCCAUGGCCAUUUGCCAAAUGGGGAGUUGACACUGUUCGGAAUACCAGCGGCCAUAGUCUCCGACAAUGGAAAACAGUUGGAAGGGAAGAACAUAGACAUGCUCUUUAA